CAGACGCACAGCUUAAAAAUAACUAACCAAGUGAGUAUAGCUCGCACGAUAUAGCGCCGUCUUUAUACACCAAGAUACGCUCCAGAACACUAUUUCUAAUAAAAUGUCGGCCUCUGCUGCAUCUCGGUUGGGUUCCAUCACGGUGCUCAACCUAAGCAAACAGCCCAUUGAGGCUGCCUCCCUAUUCAGAGACAAGCCUGUGGUGCUGUCUUUGGUCAGAAGAUUCGGAUGAGUCUACUGUCACCAUCAGUCCAAACUACUGAUGGACAUCAAGCCCGAAAUUGAGAAAGCAGGAGCUCAAUUAGUGGCUAUUGGAACCGGAAACCAAAUGUUUGCGAAAGGUUUCGUCGAGGGUGUCCCAUUCACUGGGGACGUGUACCGGGACCCACCAGCCGCGACGUUUAAGGCCAUGAACCUGACUAGGCUCGGCUAUUGGGAGGUGAUGAAGCGGUUCUUCUUCAACCUAUCCUCUCUGAGCUGGAGUCAGGAGAACAAGGAGAAGUAUCCUACGAGCAACAUGGAGGGCGAUGGCUUGCAAACGGGGGCUGUCUACGUUAUCGCCACUGACGGUACAAUCAAGUACCAGUUCAUUGAGAACGACAACGAAGUGGAUGUCUUCGCAGAUACUGAGGCGAUUAAGAAAGCUCUGCUCGAUCUUUAAGUUGACCUUUGGAUGAGAUGACUGGGGUGAUCGUGUAGUCAUUCCAGUUUGCAUGACUAUAGCUGAGUUGCUCUCCAAAGUGGUAGUAGCCGUUAUAGUAUCUGCAGGAUAAAUAUGCUUUUAUAGGCAUUGCUGACUAUCUAUAGCAUCGCGCACGAACACCUGUCGCACAAUGAAAUCAGAUUGAUUUCAGUGUACACAUCCAUAGAGCCGACUGGUCCCAGAUUGGACGCCGUAAUAACAAGUUGCGGUCCUUUGGUCACUUUUCCUACCUACUUUGCAAUGUUCCUAUAACCUGAUGAAGAACACAUUCUUAAACUCAAUCUCUGAGUAGAUAGUGUAUCUGACUCGCCCAGCGACUUCCUCUUGCUUGGGCAGCAACCGGCUGUUACUUGGGAGUGCUAACCUGCUCACCCAGCUAUACCGAACUAUUUAUGGACAUUAAUAAAAGGUACUUCAAGUGUUGUAAAUAUUGGCGAGAUCGAUGUUUUUUUUUCUUCCUAUAAAAUCGG